CUGACAAACCAGCGUGGGCGUGCGUGUGAGUUUCUGUGUACAUACAGUGUAUAAUCUGGUGCCGCCCUUCUUGGUGCCAGCCAGAGAGUCUCUCUAAGUCUUGUGAAAACCUGUUACUAACCAGACCGAAUAUGUUCUACUUCUGGCAUUUCCUCUGCCCUUUCUUCCUCCUGUCAGCCAUGGCCACUGCGGCACCUCUUGGGCAGGAUGUGGACCCAGCUGACCCAGAGGUACAGGCCUGUGUUGCCUUUGGCAUCAAGAGCUUCAACUUCCACAGCCAGACUCAUCAGCUCCACAACAUUACCAAGUUCCACUCUGUCCACAGAGAGGAGGUCGGUGCAGGUCAGUACGAUAUUGAUGUGGAGGUGAGAGGUUGCCAGUCCUCCUUCUGUUCUCCAGACAAUUCCAACACCCAGAUUUUCCGUUGUUAUUUUGUCAUUGUGACUGCUCCUUGGAAGAAGCAGCUGAUUCUGAUCAAAAGCAGCUGUACUCCAGUGUCUUAGGAUGGACAGGAACUACUGUCUAUGUGCAACUACACACAUAUGUGUAAAAACACACUUAGCAUGUGUUAAUUGAAUCGUCAAACUAUGUAUGCAUUGUGUGAGAUUGUUGCUUAUAUCAGACAUGCACUAUUUGAACGAGAAAGCUAACAGACACUAACAAACACCUUUUUAAUCAGAAUUUAACCUAACACUAAUUAUUUUCAUGUUAGGAAGAAUGUAGUUAUUUGUAAGAAUAAAAUCAAUGUGAUUACUGGAGUACUGAUUAGAUUGUUGUGUGGUUUUCUUAUAGAUGGUCUAAUCUACUGUUUAAUAUGUUGAUCGACUCUGGUGCCAGUGAAAUUGAAUUAGGGGCUCGAUUCGAUGUGUGGUAAACGCUGCAUAUGUCUGUUCAAUUGGGAAUUACCUUUAAAAGGUGACUGCAUGUCCUGAUUUUGCCUCCUUUUAGAUUUGUGUCAUUAAUUAAAGGAUGCUAGCGGCCAUGACUGAACUCAAACGUAAAUUGGUUUUAGGGUGUGUGUGGGUUUGCAGGUGUUAAAGUUGGUUGAACUUUGUAAAGCCUAUCCCUGGGGCUAAUUAAGGACCAUCAAUAAAUUAUACAAUGUAAAUGAGA